ACUUUCCUUUCUUCUAUUUCUCCCCAACUCUCCAUCAUCAUCAAUUUCACAACUCUCUCUCUUUGUGUUGUCGGUUUUUAUUAAGAAGAAAAAUCUCAUUGCUAUGGAGGAUUCUGCAGCCAAGGAUCAGUCCUCUGCCGCUGGAAGAUCAACUUCAAGGCUUCUUCGGUAUCCGCUCCGAUCUGCAACGAGGUCCAGGGAAGAGACGCCGCCGAUUGCUGACUCAUCAAACACCGACUCUGCCACUAAAAGGGGAAGGCCUGCAUCUACUGUGAGUAAAAGUGUGGGAAUUCUUGAUCUCUCUGGCAAGGAGAAGUCUGCCAAGCCCCCAAGACGACUCUCUGUUCCUUCCAAGUCAAAUGCCACCCCUGCUCCAAAAUCUUUCGGCAAUAUCACCCCUAUUUCCGAGGCUAGAACAAAGCGCUCUGCUGGUAACCAGGGAAAAAGUGAUACACCUCUUUCUGAUGUGUCAAGGUCAUCUAAUCGAAAAAAAUUCAGUGUUCUUUCAUCAGCCUCUUACUGGUUGUCUCAGAUUAAGCUCUCUGAAUCGGCUACUAAGCACUCAAUCUCACUUGGUUUCUUUAAGCUUGCUUUGGAGGCUGGAUGUGAGCCCAUACAGAGGAUGAGCGAUGAAUUAAAAUCAUAUGUGCUUCGUCACAACCUUUCUGAAUUUGGUGAAUCUUUGAAAGAGCUGUUCGAGAGCUAUAAGAUCAGUGAAAACUUUGAGCAAUCAGAGGGAUCUGAGACCUUUUCUCAAGUGCCUGCUGAAGGCAAUCAGUUAUCUGAUGAUGAUGUUAAUAGCUCCUCUUCUUCUAUAACAAAUGCUGAGAAGCUGAUGCCAAAGUCAUUGGACGUAAAUGCUGCUGAAAUUCACCAAAUGAAGAAAGAAAAUGAUGGAAGCACUCAGAAAAAUAAUUCUGUGAAGAAGACUAGAAUAUCAGUGCCCAAGAAUGCAGUGAUCUCAAAGUCUGGGUCUGAAGUUAGGGGCCGCAGUAUCCAAAAGAAACCCCAAAAAUCGAUGAAGCAAGAAUCAGGCCAAGCUAACAACAGGGUAAAGAAGCAGGGACAGAAAUCUGCAGCUCGUGCUGAAGGUCCUGUUACCUCUGCACCAGAGGAAGCUCUUGAAGAAAACAAAGAAAACAUGACCACACCGCAGAUGGAGGAGACUGCUUCCACCGAAGUCUAGACAAAUGAAUAUCCUCAUAUCUACCCAUAACAACUGGUGUUGGUUUGUCUACAUCAUAUUAAGUUGUUUCUUUCAAUUGUAUAGGAGGCUGCAGAAUAGUAAGGUGAGCAGCAAGCCUGCAUACUGGUGUGGUGUGUUAAACUUGUGAUUUUCAAUUCCUUCCAAUUUUUCAUUGGUUUUAAGUGCGAGCCUGUGUGUAGCAGUUAUACACUCAUUUUGUCAUUUCCAAUUGUACCUAAUAGAAAGUUGGGAAGUCACUUUUUGUCUUAUUGCAUUGGUUUCUUGAAAUCAUGU